UGAUGUUGAAGUUAUUGAUGAAAUAUGUCCUGGAGGUGUCAGGGACUUCUUGCAGCAACCACGGUGCUCCCAAAUUGUUACAUCGUUAACCUAAAUGUUUCUGAUUUCUAUAAAUUUGAUAUCGAUAACCUUUCACAGUAUUUAUUAUAUGGAGGUGACAGAAACUACUCUCAGUAUAAAAUUGGAGCUUGCGUCGUAAAACUCAACACUUCAAAUAUAAUUUGCAAUAAUAAUACAAUCAAAAAAUUCUCGUUCCCUUCCGUAAAACUAAUGAGUGAAAAUGUAGAGAACUAUCAUGAAUUAUACAACGCCGUCCUAAAUUUUCCUAACAAAAGUCACGUUGAAAAGCAUGAAGAAAAGGCAGCAAGCAACUUUGUUAUACUCAUAUGUACCGACAACGAGCCGAAUGAGGUUUCCAAACAUUAUGUUGGAAAUGAUAUAAAAUUUUCUACUCAUUGCGAACGUGACAUUGAAAUAUAUCAAAAAGAUCUUUUAGCCGUUGUGACGGCGAAACCUUUAGAAAUCGAUUACGACAUUAUGGUGCCGAUUAUGCUGUAUCAAGCUCCGUGUUAUGAUGAAAAUAUUUCUAAAAUUCAUAAUUACGUGACAAUGACUAAAUGCGACCAUUAUAAACUUGCGUUGGUGGAGUUUUGAAGAGUGUUGGGUGGACUAGAGUGGCUGUCGUCUCCGAUAAUGCAG